AUGUCGUCGCCGUUCCGCAACAGCCGCAGCACGCGGCGGUCGACGGUCGACGGCGCUCCCCCCCCCCCCGGCGAGGAGGGACACGGCAAUCGGCGGCGGAGCUCUCGCGCCCGGGACGACGAUGGCUCUACGCCUUUUCGCGAGGCCCUCGCCCGCGAGCCAGAAGUCGAGGAAGAACUGGACGAGGAAAUGCACGACGAGGGGACCCCGCUGCGCGGCCUACGCGGGCAGACCGAUGGCGGCGACGACGAGCGACGCGACAGAGAAGGCCGCAGGUCUCUCAUCGGCAUGGAGACGCAGGGCGAAGGCAGCCAAGGCGGCCCCGAAGACGAUGAAGCCUUCCAGAGGUCCUCGCCACUCUCCAGACGCAGACGACCGACGACGCAGAGUCAGGCGUUUUCUCAGCAGGGCUUCUCGCAGAAUCUCUCAGAGAAUCCUCAGGCCGCGCACAUGUCCAGCACCACCAAUCGCGGCCUCGAGUCUUCGGCGAGCGAGUACGGAGGCACGCCGCUCGCGGUCCGCCGCGUCCGCUACGCCCGCGCAGAUCUCGGGGACAUGGGACGCGAGUUCCUGCUGCAGGACAACGACAUGCAGCGGCUGCCUGAACUCCCCAAGGAAGUCGUGAACAGCGACAUGGAAAAGAAGUUCAACGACUUCUUCGACACCUUCCGCAUCGAAGACACGCAAGGAAUUUUGGAGCUCUCCGAGGAGGAGCUGGCGAUCUCCGCGCUGGCGAGUGAGCCGGCGUACGCGGAGUCGGGAUGCCAGAGCUUCUACGCGAUCAAGCUGCUGCAGUACAUGGAGAAGCGCGGUGCAGCAGUCACAGCGGGGCACACGUCGGCCCCCGCAGGCCUGUCCUUCGAUGUCUCGCUGCAGCAUCUCUUCCUUUUCGACCGGCACCUGUACGAUGCCGCAGUCAACGCGCCGCAGGACGCCAUCGCCGCCUUCGACGCCAUCCUCCGAAGAAAGUUCGCUGACCUCCGCGAACUCCACGGCUGCUUCAGCGACGAAGCCACUAUGGGCGCUCUGGGCGCCGAGGAACUUCUUCUGCAGCAGGCGCCUCGCCUUCGUCUCUUCUCGAAGCCGCCAGCGCUUAUGGACUCUGCGCGCUCGCUCGACCCCUCGAUCGACCUCGACCGGCUGGUGUGCCUAAAGGGCAUCGUCGUCCGUACCAGUGAAGUGCUUCCCGAGAUGACGAUGGCCGCCUUCAGAUGCCAAGGUCAGAAGCGCGUGGACGUCAACGAAUACACGCCUUGUCUGCAGGAAGUCUACGAGUGCGUGGUUAACGGCGAAGUGUUGGAGCCGAAGAAAUGCGAGGCCUGCGGCGGCACCAACACGUUCGAGCUCUGGACGGAGCAGUGUGCCUUCGCCUCCAAGCAGCUCGUUAAGCUUGUCGAGCUCCCCGAAAAACUUCAGCCCGGCGAAACGCCGCAGUCCAUCUCCGUCUUCGCCUACGACGACCUUGUCGACGCCUGCCGCCCCGGUGACCGCGUCGAACUCACCGGUGUCUUCAAAGCCGCCCCUCUGCGCGUGAACCCGCGCCUGCGCCUGCAACACGCGGUCUUCCGCACCUUCGUUAACCUGAUUCACGCGCGCAAGGAGACGCGCGAGUCUGUGCGCAGCAGCUCGCUCUGCCAACCCCAGCUCGACGGCGAAAGCCAGGAGGGCGGGCAGGGUGGCGACCGCGAAGAACAGGAGCGCGCGCGCCUGGCUGCCGGCGCGGACGCGGCGUCGGCUGCGGCCGCCGCGAUGUCCUCCGGAGGAGCCGCGCCCGCCCCUCUCGACGGCGAAGACUUCCACUUCGCCCCCGAGAUCGAAGCGAAAAUCAAAGAAAUCAGCCAGAGAUCCGACGUUUACGACUUGCUCGUUCGCUCCUUUGCGCCGUCGCUGUUUGGCCGCGAAGACGUGAAGAAAGGCAUUUUAUGUCAGCUGGUAGGCGGCACGCAGCUUCCGGCGUGCGCCGGCGAAGCGGGCGAAGGCUUGAGCAGGUCGCAGAGCGCAAAGAGCAAGAGCAAGUCCCGACACGAAAUUCACAUUCUCCUCUGUGGCGAUCCCGCAACCGCCAAGUCGCAGCUGCUCCAGUACGUCCACAAGAUCUCUCCGAGGUGUAUGUACACUUCCGGCCGAGGCAGCAGCGCCGUCGGUCUGACGGUGUGCGUCUCGAAGGAUCCCGAGACGCGCGAAUUUGUCCUCGAAAGCGGAGCUGUCGUCUUGGCAGACGGUGGCGUCUGCUGCAUUGACGAGUUCGACAAAAUGGAGGAAGCGGGAAGAUCGAUUCUGCACGAAGUUAUGGAGCAGCAGACCGUGACGGUUGCCAAGGCAGGUAUCGUUGCCUCGCUGAACGCGCGGACUGCAAUUCUCGCUUCGGCGAACCCUGUUAGCUCGCGAUACGACCGGCGCCGCGCAGUGAUUGAAAACAUCAACCUGCCGCCGUCGCUCUUCUCGCGCUUCGAUCUGAUUUACCUGCUUCUCGACACUGCGGACCCCCGCACAGAUCGCCUCCUCGCUCACCGUCUGUGCAGAUCUUUCGGUGGCAGGAAAAACAACGACCAGGAGGACCCACAUCCGUCGCAAGCGAGCAGCAAGCCGCCGAUCCCUGCGGGCCUGCUGGGCAUCUACAUUGCCUACUGCCGGUACCGGUGCUCGCCGCGAUUGACGUUGGAGGCACGCGACCACCUCCGUGACGAAUACCUCCGCAUGCGCCACAGAGACGUGACCAGCAAGCACCCGACGGCGACCAUCCGCCAGCUGGAGUCUCUAAUUCGACUCUCUGAGGCGCUGGCGAAGCUCCGUCUCGCGCGCGAAGUCACGCGCGCAGACGCGAUCGAGGCUGUCCGUCUGAUGAACCUCGCCACGUACCAGUCUCUGGUCGACCCGUACACGGGUCGCAUCGACUUCGAUCAGAUUCACUUUGGCCAGACGCGCCAGCAGCGCAUGGUCGCCCAGCGCGCCACAGAGGCGAUCAAGGAAGUCCUCUCCGCCGCCGCCAGCGCGCCAGGGCAAGCGGCCAUGACCCGAGAAGACAUCUUUGUCAAGGUCAAGGAGUUGAUGCGACAAACCGGAGGCCAGCACGAAAUCGUCGAACCCAACUUGCUAUUUGAGGCCCUCUCCAACCUCGAGAAAGACCAAAUCGUGACUAAGAAGCCUGGUGGUCUUUACCACUUGAGCGCCUCGCCCGCAACUGCCUAG